UCGGCGGGUGAAGAAGUUCCUUCUUCCACUUCCUCCCUCCCUGCAACCUGCUGUUCUGAUACUCACAUUUGCCCAUCCUUCCCUGCUGUUCGCCUUGGCCUGACUUCCCUUUGCCUCGGGCACCGUCCUUCGCCACGGGUCCAGAGCCAUGCAAGCCAUCAAGUGUGUGGUGGUGGGAGAUGGGGCUGUGGGAAAAACCUGUCUCCUUAUCAGCUAUACCACCAAUGCCUUCCCAGGAGAAUACAUCCCCACUGUGUUUGAUAACUAUUCUGCCAAUGUGAUGGUUGACAGCAAGCCUGUAAAUCUGGGGCUGUGGGAUACUGCUGGACAAGAGGAUUACGACAGGCUGAGGCCACUCUCUUACCCGCAGACGGAUGUCUUCCUGAUCUGCUUCUCCCUUGUCAGCCCAGCAUCUUAUGAGAACGUCCGUGCUAAGUGGUUCCCUGAGGUGAGGCACCACUGCCCAAGCACUCCCAUCAUCCUUGUGGGCACAAAGCUGGACCUCCGUGAUGACAAGGACACCAUUGAGAAGCUGAAGGAGAAGAAGCUAUCCCCCAUAACAUAUCCUCAGGGUCUUGCUCUGGCCAAGGAAAUAGACUCUGUGAAAUACCUCGAGUGCUCGGCUUUGACGCAGCGCGGCCUCAAGACGGUGUUUGACGAGGCCAUCCGAGCAGUGCUGUGCCCACAGCCCACCCGGACAAAGAAACGGGCAUGCAGCCUCCUCUAAGCAAAUCCCGGACUCAUCCUGAUGCCAGGAGCUCCCCAGCACACAGGAGAGUGACAGCUCCAGCAGCCUGGAGCUCAUUGGCACGGUCAUUGCUUUUUACUUCUGCGAACUUGAAAGACUGCUGUGGGUCUGUAGCACCGGUUUGUCUGUUCACACAAUGUCCCUGCUCUCGCCUCACCCGCCCACCUGCCCCUUUCCCUUCCUUGCCAGCCCCUGGGGUUACAAUGUAGAGAAUGAGACCAAAUAAACUGUACAUUCUUGUUGUG